CGAAGAGUGAAGCAAAAGAGGAAGAAUACAAUCACCUGAAAUCCUGCCUUACUUUCUCGCUUCCAACACUGCGCCCACCGUCAAAAUUCAUCUCUGAUCUUGCCUUCCCCUAUCUUUUCAUCGCCGGUCGCGGCAAACGAUGGAGAUUGCAUCCUUCUCCGGAAUCCCUAGAGCCCAUCUCCGUUCCUCUUUUCCGUCAUCAGAUACCUUUCUGCCUAGAAAGAUCGAGCUCCAUGAUUUUCGUGAUCAAUGUUCAAUGCCCCUUCAGUUGAAAACGAUAGCUCCGCCCCUUUCAUGUCGAAUUGGGUCACUUCCUCAGAAGCGGAGCUCAUUGAAGUUUCAAGUGUUUUGUAGCCAAAUGAGGGAAAUUCCUGUUAUCGAGUCGAGCUCAAUGGAUGAGAUAUAUGAUGAUUUGGCUGAAAGGCUUGUUCCUAAUGCUGCAGUAGCCGCAGAUCCUAAUUCCAAGUAUAUUGUGGGCUUGGCUGGCCCUCCUGGUGCCGGAAAAAGUACUUUGGCUUCUGAAGUAGUGAAACGUGUGAAUAAGUUGUGGCCACUAAAGGCUUCUUCAUUUGAUUCACAAGUUAAUCCACCAGAUGUCGCAGUCGUUCUGCCCAUGGAUGGGUUUCAUCUAUACCGCAAGCAGCUUGAUGCAAUGGAGGUUGAAGCUUGCUGCUUGUUUCUCUAUUGUGACAUGGAAUUGUUGAAUUUAAGCUCAGUGCUAACCUUCAGUAUGUUGUUUCUUAGAACCCAGAGGAAGCUCAUGCUAGAAGGGGAGGGAUCAGUUUCUGCCCCAUCAUUUGAUCAUGGUGUUGGAGAUCCAAUCGAGGAUGACAUAUUUAUAAACUUUCAGCAUAAGGUGGUGAUAGUUGAAGGAAAUUAUCUUUUCUUGGAAGGAGGAGUUUGGAAAGACGUACAAUCAAUCUUCGACGAGAAAUGGUUCAUCGACGUUGAUAUAGACACGGCAAUGACUCGAGUCUUGAAAAGACAUAUUUCGACAGGGAAACCUCCAGAUGUUGCCAAAUGGAGGAUAGAGUACAAUGACCAGCCCAAUGCAGAGCUCAUACUGAAGUCAAAGACGAACGCAGACCUCGUGAUCAGGUCCGUCGAUUUCUGAGCUGGAUUUGCAACACCAUUGGACUUGGGGGGUGCAUUGUGCUAUGAUGAGCUGUAGUAGCUUAGUUGAUUUGGGAUUUUUGGAAUGGGUCAAAUACAAAACCAUCCAGCUUGAGGUCCAUGUGUAACAAAUAAAAAUCGGAUCAUUUCCAGCAAAGGGUACCCUUUAUUUUGUGAUGAUGGCUCAGUGUCCAAUAUAUAAGGGUAGGAAAGAAGAAGGAUGGGGGACAGUUUCCUGUAAAUUAGUUAUUAUGUGAGGGAUCCAAGACCAGCGGAGCCGAGAGUGACUGACUGGAUUUUUCCAUGCUGAUCUGAUCUGAUCAUAUGCUGCUAACUAAACUAAGCUAGUUGGGUUGGUUUCAUGUCUCAAAUGGACCCAGUAGUCGGAAUUGAAUGCUGCGAAGCGAAGCAAAACACGAGCGGACAGAGUUGGGCCGGCCGGCCGGGGACCAUAAUGGACGUCGUAUUGUCGCUGGUUAAACUUACAGGGACCUUCAUUUCCGUCGUUUCAUGCCUUCUUAUGUAAUUAUAUUUUUCCCUGUGCACCGGAAUGAACGCUUC